AUGAAGAACUUUCUGAUGAAAGCCAAGCUUCCUGAUACCAGACCCUUGAUUAAUGUUUGUGACCGAUUUGGGUUUAUCCCUGAUCUCACUCACUACCUCUACACAAACAAUAUGCUUCGUUACAUUGAAGGUUAUGUUCAGAAGGUAAACCCUGGGAAUGCACCUUUGGUGGUGGGACAGUUACUAGACGAUGAAUGCCCUGAAGAUUUUAUUAAAGGUCUCAUUCUCUCACCAAGAUGUGCGUGUCCACAAUGCUCUGGGAAAAUAAUCAUUGAAAGCAAUAAUAAUCCAGAGCACUUCCUCACAACCAACCCUUACUACGAUUCCCAGGUCGUUGGUAAGUACUGUGAGAAACGUGAUCCCACCUUGGCAGUUGUGGCUUACCGAAGAGGACAAUGUGAUGACGAACUUAUGAAUGUCACAAAUAAGAACUCGUUGCUCAAAUUGCAGGCCAGGUAUGUUGUAGAGAGGAUGGAUGCUGAUCUUUGGGACAAGGUUCUAAAUCCUGAAAAUGAAUAUAGAAGAAAUCUAAUUGAUCAGGUUAUGUCGACUUCUUUGCCAGAAAGCAAAAGUCCAGAACAAGUUUCUGCAGCCGUUAAAGCCUUCAUGACUGCUGACUUGCCCCAUGAACUGAUUGAGCUUGUUGAGAAGAUAGUGCUCCAAAACUUUGCAUUCAGUGGGAACUUCAAACUUCAAAAUAUACUUAUUUUGACAGCUAUCAAGGCAUAUCCAUCUAGAGUUAUGGAUUAUAUCAACAGGCUAGAUAAUUUUGAUAGACCUACAGUUGGAGAAGUGACUGUGGAAGCUCAACUAUAUGAAGAUGCUUUUGCAAUAUUCAAAAAAUUCAACUUAAAUGUUCAAGCCGUCAACAUUUUAUUGGAUAAGAUUAGAAGUAUUGAUCGAGCUGUGGAAUUUUCUUUUCGAGGUGAAGAAGAUGUUGUUUGGAGUCAGGUGGCAAAGGCACAACUAAGGGAAAGGCUGGUGAGUGAUGCAAUCGAGUCAUUUAUUCGUGCAGAUGAUGUUACUCACUUCCUUGAGGUUAUCAGAGCUUUUGAGGAUGCUAAUGUCUACCCUGAUCUGGUGAGGUAUCUUCUGAUAGUCAGGGAGAAGGUCAAGGAGCCCAAGGUGGACAGUGAACUCAUAUAUGCAUAUACAAAGAUUGAUAGACUGGGUGAAAUUGAAGAAUUCAUUCUCAUGCCAAAUGUGGCUAAUCUUCAAAAUGUUGGUGACCGGCUGUUUGAUGAAGAGCUCUAUAAAGCUGCAAAAAUCAUAUUUGCAUUUAUAUCUAACUGGGCCAAGUUGGAUGUUACACUUGUGAGGCUUAAAUAAUUCCAGGGUGAUGUUGA